AUGUCCGAGACUACUAAUGAAGAUUCCGGAGCAGGAAGAUCAGUGGAAGGGAAUUCAAAUGGGCAAAGAAGUCAAUCAGAAGAAGCUCUCGCGGAGUGGCGGUCGUCUGAUCAAGUCGAGAAUGGUACUCCUUCGACGUCGCCCCCUUACUGGGACAUUGGUGAUGAUGAUGAUGAUUUUGGACUAAAACCAUCUGAACUAUUUGGGAGACAUACUUGGAAGAUUGAGAAAUUUUCAGAGAUCAAUAAACGGGAGAUUCGUGGCGAUGUUUUUGAAGUCGGUGGCUACAAAUGGUAUAUAUUAAUUUAUCCACAAGGUUGUGAUGUUUGUAACCAUCUCUCUCUGUUUCUCUGUGUUGCAAACCAUGAUAAACUUCUUCCAGGUUGGAGUCAUUUUGCUCAGUUUACUAUAGCUGUGGUGAAUACAGAUCCAAAGAAUUCGAAGCAUUCAGAUACAUUGCACCGGUUCUGGAAGAAAGAGCAUGAUUGGGGAUGGAAAAAGUUUAUGGAGUUAACUAAAUUAGAGCAAGGUUUCAUAGAUAAGUCUGGCGCUCUUACAAUUAAGGCUCAAGUUCAGGUGAUCAGAGAGAGGGUGGAUCGACCUUUCCGCUGCCUUGAUUGUCACUAUAGGAGGGAACUUGUUAGGGUGUAUUUGAAAAAUGUAGAACAAAAUUGCUCGCAGUUUGUGGAAGAAAAAAGAAGCAGGCUUAUUAGGUUGAUAGAGGACAAAGCAAAAUGGAGAAGCUUUAGUGCCUUCUGGUUAGGGUUGGACCAAACUUCAAGGCGUCGGAUGUCUCGAGAGAAAAGGGAUGUGAUUUUAAAACUAGUUGUGAAACACUUCUUCAUCGAGAAGGAAGUUGCAUCCACUUUGGUGAUGGAUUCCUUGUACAGUGGGUGGAAGGCUCUUGAUGGCCUAACUAAUUAUAAGAAAAGUAGGCCGAGGCUAGCUGAUAUCGAAGAACUGCCAGCUCCAAUUGUUAGUGUGGACAAGGAUAUGUUUGUAUUAGUUGAUGAUGUUCUAUUGCUCAUACAGAGGGCUGCUCUUGAGCCAUUGCCUCCAAAAGAUGAAAGAGGUCCUCAAACGCGUACAAAGGAUGGGAAUGCUGGAGAAGGCUUCAAUAACGAAGCCACAGAGCGUGAUGAGAGGCGUUUGACUGAGUUGGGUAGACGGACUAUGGAGAGAUUUGUUCUUGCACAUAUCUUCAGCAGCAAAAUUGAGGCUGCAUACCAAGAAGCUAUUGCAUGGAGAAGGCAAGAAGAACUUAUUCGCGAAGAAGAGGAAGCUUGGCUGGCAGAAAGCGAACAGAAGGCCAAAAGAGGAGCAGCCGAAAAAGAGAAGAAAUCUAAGAAGAAACAGGCCAAACAGAAAAAGAACAAAAAUCGAGGAAAGGAUAAAAAGAAAGAAGAGAAGGUGAGCACCCAAACACAAGAAACGUUUAUUGAGAAAGAGGAAUGCGUGAGGGCCAAAGCCGAAUCGUCAGCUGAAAAACCGGACACACUUGAAGAUGUCUCUGACGUCUCUGAUUCAGUAGAUAGUUCAGCUGAUAGAGAGAGUAGCCCUGUUCAUUGGGAAAUAGAUACCUCAGAGAUUCAUCCUCCUCCUUCAAGAGACACUACUGGAGAAGGAGGCAGUUCCAUAUCUAUACCUAACGGCAUUGCAGAUAGAAAGUGUAUCUCCACAGUGGAUGAUAGUUCUUCAACUUGUUCUAAUGAAUCGAUUCGAUCAGGGGUAGCUAAUGGGUCAUCCAAAGGGAAUGCUUCAAAUUGCCGAAGCCAGAAGUGGCUUAGCAACGGAAAAACGCAACCAGGAAAAGUAUCUGAUGCUAACAGUUCAACAGUGGACCACACUUCAAGACAUGCAUCUGAUCCUAAGAAUCAAAACCAUUCUUCUGAGAUACGCAGAGUUGGUGACAUUGACGUGGUUAUCUCCCACAUCCGCGAGCCAGAGAGCCGUGGGGAGCCUAAUCCUGUUAGCAAGGUUCUGACGAAAGAGAAAAGCGCUGCUGUACUUUCCCCGCCGAGAGCUGCUCCCGCUCCUUGGAAUCUCCCAUCUCUAGAGAAAGCAAAACCGGAGAAGAAGGUUGUUUCAAAUGUAGACGCUGUUCCAAACAAGAAACCAGUAUCUGCUAGAUCACCUUCAUCAGGUCAAGCAUCACCAUCUCGAGAUAUUCAGCUGCAGACUCUGGUUCCUAGAGCGGAUAUACAGAAGACUGCUUCUCCAAAACCUGCGGCACAACCAGUACAAUCCAUGUCUAGACCUGUAAGUGCUCCUAUAAUCCCUCCAAAGCAAGCUGCACCUGUAAUAUCUGCUGUUCAAACCUCGACACCGUCAUUUGCUCGUUCAAUGAGCUCAACAGGCCGUUUAGGUUCACCACCACAGAGCCAAACUUACAUUCCUCAGUCCUAUAAGCAUGCCAUAGUGGGUUCGUCUGGUUUCAACCACUCAAGCUCUCAACCGACGGCAACAAGCACAUUGCCGCCUUAUUCACAACCGCCUCCUAUCUCGGUCCCUAUCAACGUUGGCUCUUGGGAUGUUUCAUCUGGUGGGCUUUUGUGGACCGGUGGUUCGAGUUCAAACAGAGACACAACAACAACAACAACAACAACCAUCAGUGGGAAUCAUGGAACGAACCCUUACAACAACACACGCAUGCAGUCUACUAGUCAGUUUGGGAGAACGGCACAGAGUCUAGUGACAGAUGAGUUCCCUCACCUUGAUAUAAUCAAUGAUCUGCUUGAAGACGAAUACGGUUCAAUGGACAGUAGUGUAUACGGUUUACCACAACGGUUCAACAACCCCUACACAUAUCAUGGCGGUGCAGGUGCGGAUAUCGGGAUCUCUGGCAGGUCAAGGAGUUACAGUGACGAUGGAUUUCAUCAGUCUUACGGUGAGUACAUGCCGCAUUCUUCUUCUUCGUCAUCGUCUUCGCCAUAUGGGAACGGGCAAAUAGAUGGGUUGGUGGCACAAACGCAAUGGCAGAUGGCAAAUAUGGACUUGUCUUUGUUGGCUAUGAGGAACCAAGAAGAUGCAGCAUUAGGAUCAGCAAGUAAUUACUCCUACUUUAACUUAGAUUCAUCACCAAACCCGAAUUUGUCAUCUGGAAUCAAUGGCUAUAGAGACUUCAGGCCAUCAUCGAACGGACACUGA